CAGAAUUUUGAACACCGGCUGGUAUUUCCCCUGAAGCACAGCAAAUUCUCAUUGACUAGUUUCGAGGACCAUACUCUUAAGACUAAAAUUGGUGGGGCACUCACAGGGAGUACCCUCCAAAAAUUGGCGUAUGCCGCUUUAAGUGACGAGCACACGAAAACCUCCUAUGCAAUACAGUCAACCGGCAGAUAAUUUAUUAGAAUUUAGAUUUGCAGGGCUUUACCCCAAAGGGAGCCCUUCCAGAAAUUCUCGAAGGCCUGAGUCAAGCCCAGGCCAACGAGGGGGUUUGGAAAUAGUUUUCAACCAGCAAUAGACGCGCCUCGGUUAGAACCUCAUGAGCUGCGUCAUUGCCCCAAGCGCAAAGAUAAAUGUGAUUAAUCUUGACUUUAGUUUUUAUAUUAUAUACGAGAUAUUCUACUUUGUUUUUAACCGAUGUGGGACACUGAAAUUCCCUCAUGUCUAUGCUACUUCUCAAUCCUAUACCUUAAACAUAGUAGACAAAAGCCUACAUUUAAUCCUUUCCCUUAAUAAGUUUAUAAGUUUUAA